AUGCUUAUUUUUCUACUUGUGUAUACUUCAAUGUUUUUAAGCUCCCGUUCUUUUUGGACAUGCAUGCUAUCAACCUUCUUUGUUGUCUCGAUGGUUACCACAUAUAACAGAAUUUACCAGGAGAAAUUGGCACAGCGUAUGGCGGAAGCAAUAAACAGGAAGCAAGACGCAUGUGCACCCAACAGUAUUUUGGAACAGUCUCUUGAGUAUCUUUCAAGUUUCAUAUUCUUCCGGAAGAAGUCACCCUGUCUCAAGUUUAUUGAAUCCCAGACGGUCUCUGUGGUAGCUGAAAUAUCGUUGAUGGAUGUUUUCUCCGACGUCAUAUCCAACAGUAUAUUCGGUGUUCUUGGGAAUCUUGGUCGUCACACGAACCGCUUCUUUAGGGAGUUUUACGAAAACGUUCCACUACCUGCUAUGUUACUAAUGACCGUAACACUGAUUUUUGCAACCGUUCGUAUUAAAACCCCCCUAUUCACCUUUGAGCCGUUGCUUCUCUCAACUAUUCGUUAUACAGCCGGAACAGUCGCUAGAUGUGUUGAAGGUUCUGCAGGUGUGAACCAAAGAGCAGUGCAAGAUCAUCGGCGUAGAGCCAUUCGAGGUCCGAUGUUUUGA